GGGCAGGCAGCCAGAGGAGGCUCGCGGGGGGAAGAGAGCGGAGGGCGCCGGCGCUGCUGCUGCGCUGAGUAAGCGAGCGACGCUCCAACCACCUUCGCCGACAGCAGCAUCGGACGCUUCGCUGGUGCUUUCCCCCUUUUUUCUUUUUGCAAACGGGGCAGGAACGCGCAUUGGAGCCCGGGCGUUGGGAGGCUGUAGAAAGCCUUUGCAGCGUUGCCUUUCGACGUGCCGUGGAGGGAAAGAGCGCGCCCUCAUUUAUUAUUAUUAUUUUUUUUAAAAAAUAUAUAUAAUAAUCAGAGGCUUUGCCUAACACUGUGAAGGUCCAUCAUGUCUGACAGAAAGGCAGUGAUCAAGAAUGCGGACAUGUCCGAGGACAUGCAGCAAGAUGCUGUCGAUUGCGCCACUCAGGCCAUGGAGAAGUACAACAUAGAAAAGGACAUAGCGGCAUACAUCAAAAAGGAAUUUGACAAGAAAUACAACCCCACUUGGCAUUGCAUCGUGGGCAGGAAUUUCGGCAGCUACGUAACGCACGAGACGAAGCAUUUCAUUUAUUUCUAUUUGGGCCAGGUUGCAAUUCUCCUCUUCAAGUCGGGCUAGGAGGCAGGCAGACGGCAGUGGAGGGGGGGCGCGAUGACGGCGGGCGAGGAACAUGGACUGUAGUGCACUGAAGGCGGGGGCCCAGGAACCCUUCAACCAUGGUUGCGCCGCUGCAUGGACUGUAAACUAUAUUUAAUGUGUAUAUGUUGCAGUAAAAACACCACCUAAAAUUCUGUUCGUUUUGUUUUUGUUUUUGGUUGCCUGGGAGAAGUAAGGCAGCAGCAUCUUUUUCAUGUUCCUUGUUUUCGGUUUCUGCUCUUUUUCUUUUUCUUUUUCAUUUUCUUUUGCACUAGGAGAACUGUAAAGAAAAAUAAAAAUUAAAAAUGCUUCAACAAAUGGCCUUUAAGCGGGAAGGAGAAAUGAAAUAAAAAGAGAAUCUCUAAAAUUCCAUUAAAGAAAUCCUUUGGUUUUUAAAUUCCUUUUGAAAGGUUCAGAAGCUGGCUGUAAGCAGACCCCAGAAAGGUGGCAAUUAAGGGUCAGAAUCUGGCUUCAAAUGAGGUACUCAAUGUUUUGUUUUGUUUUUUUUAAAAAAAAAUAAUUCCAGCCGGCUUUUUCUGUCCCCAAAGAGUGCGUUGUUCUCCUUUUUAAGUUGCCUUGGCUGUAAAAGGGGAAAAAAGGUGGUCAUCUUUGUUUCUUCUUGAUCCAAAACCGUCUCUCAAACAUGCCUAAUAUUUGACAGUAAAAAUGGUAUUUAGCUGUAAAAUGGAAUUUUAAGUGCCGUAUUUUCGAAGUGGUUUGUCCUGGUCCGAAAUACAUUAUUGCACCCCCACCCCCAGAAAGCCAUUUCAAAGGGAGCUGCCUCAUAUUUUUGUGCUGGAGUAUUGGCUGGGCACGUGGCCCAGCCAUGUGUCUUCAUGAUGCAAGAAAACUGUGACCAGGCCUCUCCUCAUCCCAGUUUGAGUCAGCCUUGCCUUAUUUGCCACCUCGCUUCCAGUCACUUGUUUGUGUGGGAAGAUCCUGUUCCAAAUCGGUGGCUCCGUGUUGGCUGUGCUUGCAGUCUGCCUCUGCUUUUACUUGGAGACGCACAAUCUCCACAUAACGCCCAACAUGGUGGCUGAUGUACAGAAGCCCUUUCCUGAUCGUUUUGUGUCUCCCUCACCCCACCUUCUCAACAGUUAGCUGUGCUUUGAGAAGCAGAUUGUAUGAUUUCAGUUCUAUAGCAAAGGUGUCCAGUUGCUCCAGGGGCCCUUCUCUGUUUUUCUUUUGCAAGAUCAUUCCUUGGAAGUGCUUUAGCUGAAACAUCUAGUUGCUUUUGCAGUUAAGAAGUCUACAAAUUAGAUGGGGAAGGAACCACUCCGACCUCCCCACUCCUCAAAAAUGACCUAAGGAGUUGGAGCUCCAGAGCUUAGAUCAUAAGGAGAUGGGGAUUCAUCUGUGCUUGUAUAACCUGGGAUUUGGCGGGAAGGAAAGCAUGUCAAUAACUUUUUCUCCCUUUUGGCUGUGAAAAAAUAAACAAGGGUGACCCAGA